AUGGGUGCUAUUCAUUGUCAAAGACUGAAGCAAAACGGGCUGAGUAAUAGUAUCUGCUGUAUCGAUGCCAGCUUCCCCGUGCUGCUGGUGAUCGUGGUGACCUACGGCCUGUCCAUGAGCGUGGUGGGCUCGCUGAUGUUCACCGUCCUCAUGGAUACGUUGGAUAUGAGUCACUUCCCCGCUGCCCUGGGCCUGCUCGCCAUCAUGGAGAGUGUCACGCUACUGAUCGGGCCCCCGCUCGCAGGAAUCCUGGUGGACAGAACUGGGGAGUAUUUUUACGUCUUCUUCGCCUGCAGUGGGACUGUUGCCUCAUCAGCUGUAUUCCUCAUGGUGUCUUUCUACUGGCUGGACAGAAAGGUGCUAAAGGGGCAGCAGGUCUCCCCACCAAAGCCUGCCAGUGUUAACAAUGUGGUCCCCCAGUGCCAGUACAGCAGUGUGCCCACCAAGGGGGACAAAGACAAGGCCUCAGACUCUGAGACUGGGGAUGUCAACUGCCUGUGAAAAGCGUCAUUGUCCAAACUCACAGAUGUAUAUUUCCUAUGGUUUUGUGAUUGUACACCCUGUGCUGCUGAUCUUACAGUACAAGCGUAUGAUAAUUGAUAUGAUAUCCCAAUCUGUUAGGAUCUGACACUCCAAUCAUAGUAUACACACUCUUGCCUCUUGACUGUUAAGAGUAUUGGUAAGUGCAAAUGGGUUGAGUAUUUCAUCCAAUGUGUUCAUGCUAGGAGUGGAUUAUUCAUUGCUAUUACAGUCGGCACUAUUUAUGCAGACUAAUACUGUUAUUGUUGAUCGAACACAGUACUUUUUCACACAUUCCAUAAACCUGUGCCUUUCCCACUCAUACCCUGUUACACAUUCAUCAAUGUCAUGUUGUUCAAGAAGACAUACCUUAGGAAUCCUUCGCCACCCUUCAACAAGCAAGAUUGUGCAAAAAAACAGAUGUGCCUUGUACAUGCAAUCAAUCAAAAUAAACAUUUAAUAUCUGUAGGCCUAUUAAAUGUCCUAUAUAUAUUCUACACCAGAAGAAACCUCAACUGAAUUAUGAGUACUGUAGGCCUACCAGUUUAUUAAGAUGGAUAUUAUUGACUGAGCAUAUCAACGUCAAGUUCUUUAUCCCAAUAAGUCUUUGAUUUUUUGGGGCCUAAACGUUUGUUUAUGAUACUGUUCAUGUCUUGUUAUGUUCGUUGUGUAACAGAGUUACAGAACGAUCAGUAGCUUACUGGUAUGACUGAGAAUGUCUUGUGAAAAAGUGCAGGAGUUACUAGGACAUGGGUGCUAUUCAUUGUCAAAGACUGAAGCAAGUACUGUAGGUGUUGGAGAUUUGUUACUUCUCAACCUACUCGUUUUUCAGGUAUCGUCAAGAAAAGAUUACUCUAAGGAACAUAGUCACAUACAGUACCAGUCAAAAGUUUGGCCACACCUACUCAUUCCAGGGUUUUUCUUUAUUUGAACAAUUUUAUACAUUGUAGAAUAAUGGCGAAGACAUCAAAACUAUGAAAUAACACGUGCCAUUCCUGGGGGGAUGGCAGGUAGCCUAGAGUUUAGAGCGUUGGGCCAGUAACUGAAAGGUUGCUCGAUCGAAUCCCUGAGCUGACAAGGUAAAAAUCUGUUGUUCUGCCCCUGAACAAGGCAGUUAACCCACUGUUCCCCGGUAGGCCGUCAUUGUAAAUAAGAAUUUGUAAUUAACUGCCUAGUUAAAUAAAGGUUUAAAGUAACCAAAAAAGUGUUAAACAAAUCAAAAUAUAUUUGAGAAUAAUGACAGCUUGGCAUUCUCUCAACCAGCUUCAUGAGGUAGUCACCUGGAAUGCAUUUCAAUUAACAGGUGUGCCUUGUUAAAAGGUAAUUUGUGGAAUGUCUUACCUUCUUAAUGCGUUUGAGCCAAUCAGUUGUGUUGUGACAAGGUAGGGGUGGUAUACAGAACAUAGCCCUAUUUGGUCAAAGACCAAGUCCAUAUUAUGACAAGAACACCUCAAAUAAGCAAAAACAAAUGACAGUCCAUCGUUACUUUAAGACAUGAAGGUUAGUCAAUACGAAACAUUUCAAGAACUUUUAAAGUUUCUUCAAGCGCAGUCGCAAAAACCAUCAAGCGCUAUGAUGAAACUGGCUCUCCUGAGUACCGUCACAGGAAAGGAAGACCCAGAAUUACCUCUGCUGCAGAGGAUAAAUUCAUUAGAGUUACCAGCCUCAGAAAUUGCAGCCCAAGUAAAUGCUUCACUGAGUUCAAUUUUACAUUUUUUAUUUAACCUUUAUUUAACUACAGUAGGCAAGUCAGUUUAAGAACAAAUUGUUAUUUACAAUGACGGCCUAUUAACAGACACAUCUCAACAUCAACUGUUCAGAGGAGACUGCGUGAAUCAGGGCUUCAUGGUCGAAUUUCUGCAACGAAACCACUACUAAAGGACACCAAUAAGAAGAGACUUGCUUGGGCCAAGAAACACAAGCAAUGAGCAUUAGACCAGUGGAAAUCUGUCCUUUGGUGUGAUGAGUCCAAAUUUACGAUUUUUGGUUCCAACCGCUGUGUCUUUGUGAGAUGCAGAGUAGGGGAACAGAUGAUCUCUGCAUGUGUGGUUCCCACCGUGAAGCACGGAGGAGGAGGUGUGAUGGUGCUUUGCUGAUGAUACUGCCAGUGAUUUAUUUAGAAUUCAAGGCACACUUAACCAGCAUGGUUACCACAGCAUUCUGCAGCGAUACGCCAUCCCAUCUGGUUUGCGCUUAGUGCGACCAUCAUUUGUUCAACAGGACAAUGACCCAACACACUUCCAGGCUGUUUAAGGGCUAUUUGACCAAGAAGGAGCGUGAUGGAGUGCUGUAUCAGAUGACCUGGCUUUCACAAUCACCUGACCUCAACCCAAUUGAGAUGGUUUGGGAUGAGUUCAGUGCUCAGCAUAUGUGGGAACUCCUUCAAGACUGUUGGAAAAGCAUUCCAGGUGAAGCUGGUUGAGAGAAUGCCAAGUUUGUGCAAAGCUGUCAUCAAGGCAAAGGGUGGCUACUUUGAAGAAUCUCAAAUAUAAAAUAGAUUUUGAUUUGUUUAAUACU